CUUCAUAUUUUGUGAACCACAGAAAUGUUUUCCACCAGUUGAGGCACAAGGCAGCUGAAGACCGUUGUGUGUCUUAUCGCUUUUUGGAUUCGUUUAUGCUGAAACUCCAUAGACUCUUGAGACCACAGAAGUAGGCGCUGAAAGACACUGAACGCUCCAAAGAUGAACACCGGCGAUUGUGACAAUUUUACAGCCGAUUUCCAGUUCUACCUCCUCCCAACAACCUACUCCCUGGCGAUGACAUUGGGAUUGCUGGGCAACCUAGGGGCCCUUUACAUCUUCUUCUUCAAAAUGGACCAGAAGUCUCCUUCCAAUGUCUACAUCAUCAGCUUGGCCAUUGCCGACACCAUUUUCCUGUGUGCUCUGCCAUUCCGUGUCCACUACCACCUGAAUGACAAUGACUGGAUAUUCGGAGAGGUCAUGUGCCGGGUCACGGGGACAGUCUUCUACGCCAAUAUCUACAUCAGCAUCGCCUUCAUGACCUGCAUCUGCCUUGACCGCUACAUAGCUACUAUUCACCCUCAUAAGUACCUGCAGUUGAGAAACACUCGGUGGGCCCAAAUGGUGACGGCUGGGGUCUGGUUGGUUACUGGUGUGGCAGCCUUGACCUUCAUGGUGACCUGCCCUGCCCCUGACCUGCUGGGUACUCCUGCGACCCAAAGUGAUGGGAGAAAGCGCAGGAACUGCUUUGAGAACUUUACGCAGGACGAGUGGAAGACCAGCCUAAUGCCGUACAGCACUUUCAGCCUGGUCUUCGGUGCCUUGCUGCCCUCGAUAUUCAUCCUGGUCUGCUACCCUCUGGUGGCUCGUCGGAUUGCACGCAUCAAGACAGCCACGGCCCGUGGUGCUCUGAGGGUCAUCUAUGCCAUUCUGGCCAUCACUGUCCUCUGCUUUCUGCCCUACCAUGUGGUACACUUGCUGCAUCUCCUGUGGCGCAUAAAAGUCAUCAAAAACUGUCUGGCAGCACACGUGAUCUACAAGGUUCGGCGGGUGACCAUGGCGCUGGUCAGCAUUAACAGUGUGCUGGACCCAUUGCUCUACUACUUUGCGACAGGACGCUGCAAGUGGACCUUUAAAUUGAACUUCAGGUGGCUGAAGCUGAGGAGGAGGAGGGGUGUCUACACCAUCUCUGACAACUUAAAAGACCACUGGUGGUAAUGACUUCACUUCAGUGGUCAAUCAGCAAAAACAAAUCAAGCAGGACGGUAAACCGGGACAAACAUAUUGGGGUCUUCAAAACAAGUACACCUGGUCUUUCAUGAACUGCCUAAAAAGGCAGAGUAACUAUUGCAACAAAAGAACUAUCCAGAGUUCUUGUCUGCCCAAAAACGGGAACGCUGGUGGGAGUCAUUCAUGACCACCCGAUAGCCAAUGGGACCUACAGGCCCUAGUGGGGGACCCCGUGGUCUACUGCUUCACCAUGGGCUGUGCCAAGUGGAGCUUCAAAUGGAACUUCAGAUGGCUGAAGCCCAGGCAUCUAUGCCAUUUCUGAUGACUUGAGAGCGGUAGAAAUGAAAGACAUUUGAUAAUAUAGGGAGACUAACACAAUAUGCAAGAAAGUGUUAAAAGAGCUACACAAUGUAUUACCUAGUGAUUGUACUGCAGUGAUUUAGAGAAAUUAAAACAUCCUGAGUCUGCAUUGAAGCCAAGGUCUUGGUAUUGGUAUCUGCGUCAAAGCCAAGGUCUUGGUAUUGGUAUCUGCGUCAAAGCCAAGGUCUUGGUAUUGGUAUCUCAUGGUUAGGAGGACUACGUAUCACUCAAGGCUUGAUACAGAUACCAAUGCCAAGACCAUGGGGCUUUGAUGCAGAUUCCUUGUUGAUACUAUACUUCUUUUAAAUAUAAUGUAAUGUGGUGAUGUGCAAAAGUUAAGCAAAUUGUUUAAAACCAUUUGUCUGGACAGUAAAUACAUUUUGC